AUGCCGAAACGAAUAGGAGAGACGCCACCAUGGCUGUGUCGACCAUCACCCGGCGCAAGCAUUUUCUCAGAUCCUGUACCAAAUGUGCCGACGUCUCCUACUAAGACCAAUUCACCCUCUCUGUCCGAUAGCCAGGUUGACGAUGCGGGAUCUAAGCGGCUGAUCGCUCAGCGCGGAACCGAACUUUUUGUCGCUAUUGGGAACAAACUGCGGUGGACUGAUCUGGCGCAAGUCAAAGAUCGAUACGAGGACACUUCACGAAGCCGAAAAGAUGAGCCUGCAUACAAGACCGUCGGCUUCUCGACAUUCUAUGCUAUCAGACAGCUUGUCAUAUCACCGUCCGAGCAGUACCUUGCGGUUGCUACCGACUUCACGGUCCAUGUGAUACCGCUCCCAGAUCAUGCUUCCUUCUCCACGCCCCAGCGGCCCGUAGUCAAGGUUCGAGCAAUGCAACUUGGUCCUACAACGCAUGUUAUACCUGGCUCGCCUAUCAAGUCAGUACUGUGGCACCCUCUAGCUGCCGCAUCAGCAUCAACAGACUGCCUGAUCACUGUCACGGCGGACGCCUCGCUCCGGUUAUGGGAGAUCGACCGCCUGAAUCGAACCUCGGUGGAGCAGCCAGCAUUGGACAUUGACCUUCGUAAAUUAGCGGAUGGCGUGUCAAGCGACCAGGACUUCCGACCGGCGGCUUUUGGCAAGAGCAAGGGCUUCUCCGUUGACGAUGUGGACAUGGAAGUCUCCGCGUGCUGCUUUGGUGGGCGCGGUGACGAGGAUGAAGAUCCCUGGGCAAGCAUGACCUUGUGGACCGCUAUGAGAAAUGGGGAUGUCUAUGCGCUGUGUCCUCUGCUUCCUGCAACUUGGCAGCCGACCACUACGACUAUCCCAGCCCUCUCAACCUCUACGGUGUCAAAGAUGGCCACGAUUGUAGGAAGCGACGAAGAUGCCGAAGAGCGACGAUCUGUUGAACAGCAGUAUGAAUGGGUCACCGAGAUCGACAACGACGAGCCUUUAUCGCCUGAUGAUGAGUCAGGACCAGAGAUACGCCUUCGCCCAUCCAACCCUAGUGCCAUACCGCGUUUGCAAGGCCCCUUUGAGCUUGGAAUGGACGACGAUGGAGAUCUCGAUGUCACUGAUCUGUACGUCAUGGCUCCUGGACUCGAGAAGGAAGAUAGUCUCGACGAAGACCCUGAAGACGAAAUCGCACCCAACCGCGUCCCAUAUACAGUCCUCGUGCUGGGAACCACGGACAGUCGUCUUCACAUAAGCCUGGAAUUAGAGGGUGUCACUGGGCAAUGGCUGCCCAAGAAGGCGCGCAACACGUUCAGUGUCCCAGAAACCGAGGGAAGAGACCUUGUACAUGCUGCCACCAUCGAACUAAAGCCAGCCACGGACUUGGCUUCUGUCAUUCUGACGCCAGAUAUCAUCAACCGCAGUACAGUCUUCGCUACGGUCGGCUCACAAGUGCAUUCGGUUUCGCUUGACGACUGGGCAAACCGCAUCGGCGAGGAGGUCUUCUCUGACACAGACGCUGAUGACCGACUUCAAACCCGUUUAGCGACAGCUUGUCAGAGCCAGGUCGCGGUCGUUGAUACUGUCUUGAACAUCAAAGAGCGACUGACUGACAGCCUCUCAGCUCCCGUCGUCAUCGACGAUCUCGACGUCGGAUACAUAUUACUUACAACGUCGAGUCCUUAUGUUUUCGGAUCGACUUUCGACCAAGCACAUAUCAGGUCUAUGCUUCUCAGACAGUCGAGCGCUCUGAUCCAAUCGCCAAUUAUCCUUCACACGGGUCCUGGAGCUGCUGUGGAGCCACCUGAAGAUAUCGACUAUCCACCAAGCAGGCAGAUCUACGAACCUCCUUCCUGCCUAGACCAUUCGGCAGAGUACAUAAUCAAUCGUCUCAAGGCUCAGGUGCCAAAAACGAAUCGUGCAAUAUUGACCCAGAAGCCACUCCGCCUUAGUCCUGCGGUAUUUGACUUGAUGGUCGGUGCCCAUCGAACGGUAUCUGGCUACACAAGCGAGUUGGAACAGGCUGGCGCGGAGUUGUUCCGUCGCUGUGAACGACUGAAAGAAGAGCUUGGAGAACAAGUCAGGCACAUGACUGAGCUGGCAGAUCGGCUACAGAGGAUCAAAGACCAAGCGGACGGUGACGAGGUUCGACCCGGAGAGGAGAAGAAGGACCAGGAGACACGACUGCAGAGCAUCAAGCAGAAACAGAGCGAUCUCAAAUCGCGGUUUGAGGAACUGCGGAGAAAAGCAGGCCAAGCUAGCAGCAACAAGAAGCCAUUGUCUGCCAAAGAAAUCGCUUGGAUCGAGGAAGUCGAAAGUAUUAGCGAGAGAAUUGGGCAGGGUCAGGAAGUCGAGCCAAAGAAGGGCUCGCUUGCGGCACGAUUCGCUUCAGCUCAACAGUUGUCCCAGAAGCUCACGCCAGAAGCCAAAGUGCUCCAGGAGAGACAAGAAGGACAACCUUCAGACACACCCUCGCUCCAACGUCAGAACAGCUCGGACCUGGCAUCAUCGAGGUCGUCGAUAGCAAGUCGGCGGUCUGGAAUCUUUCCCCUCGUGAGCGCACAGUAUCAGAAAGAGCGGAUUCAGGACGUGCAGGAUCUAGUGGAGCGUGAGACUGCGGUCAUCGAUGCUGCUACGAGGAGGUUGGAGGGUCUGAAGCUGGCAAGUGGGUUGGCCUGA